AUGUCAUUCAACACACAGAAACAACCCGACAACACGGACUUGAAGAUGGAGUUCGAGGAACUGGACCCCGUCCAGCAAGCAAAGCAGGAGGAACAGCUCUAUCGCCACCCUGACACUGCCCCUAUCUCCUCCACCGUCUCCCCUACCGGACAGUCCCAGGACCCUUCGGCCCCCAAGACCUGGAAGCAAAAGCUAACGUUCCUAUUCUCGCGCAAGUUUAUCACGAUUGUGCUGUUGGGUCAGCUGUUGUCACUGUGUAUUACUGCGACGACGAUUAUGACGACCAAGUUGACGCAGGGUGAUAAUCCGGUGUCGAUUCCUACGACCCAGUCGUUCUUGAACUAUUUGGUUCUGGGUAUUGUCUACACCGGUAUUACCUUCUCCAAAGUGGGCUUCCGUGGCUGGCUCGAGAUCAUCCGUCGCCGUGGUCUCUACUAUAUUGUGUUUGCGUUGAUUGAUGUGGAGGGCAACUACUUCAUUGUAAAGGCCUACAACUACACUUCGCUUCUCUCGGCAAUGCUGCUCGACUCAUGGACAAUCCCCUGUGUCGUCAUCCUCUCCGUCUUUGUCCUCCGCAUGCGCUUCCUCCGUCUCCACUACCUCGGCGUCUUCAUCUGUCUCGUCGGCAUGGGCUUCCUCGUCUGGUCCGACAUGGUCGCCGGCAAGAACUUCCCUGGCUCAGACUACAUCAAGGGAGACCUCUUCUGCAUCAUCGGAGCCACCUUCUACGCCCUCUCGAACGUCGGACAGGAGUUCUUGGUCAGACAGAGACCUAUCUACGAAGUUGUUGGACAGCUCGGUUUCUGGGGAGCGAUUAUCAACGGAAUCCAGUUGGCUAUUCUGGAACGAAACGAGUUGAAGACACUUACUUGGACUGGGGAAGUUGUCGGGUACAUUAUUGGCUUUGAUAUCGCCAUGUUCUUGAUGUACUCUGUUGCGCCUAUCCUGUUGAGGUUGAGCUCUGCGACUUUCUUCAACCUUUCGUUGUUGACCAGUGACUUUUAUGGACUCCUCUUUGGCCUCUUCCUCUUCCAGUCCAAGAUCAACGAGCUGUACCCGAUCGCAUACGUCCUGAUCAUCAUCGGAAUCAUCAUCUACAACAUCCGCGAAGCCCCCGAGCCUCAGUUCAAGCCCGUCCUCAAAGAUCAAUCUGACCAGGAAGUCGAGGACCAAGAGACAAAGGAAAAGGCUGCCAUCGCAGGCGAUAACUCCACCAUGGCCUAA